AUGAAAAUAUAAGCUUAAUUUAUAAUUAAUCACAGUUAAAAACAGUAUAUUUAGUUAUUUGCUAUUGGAUUCCUAUUAGUAAUAGUGCAAAGCUAAGCCGUAGGAUAAUAAUUCAUUCUUAUCAUUGAAGAAUUGAAUUGUGUAUUAUACGAUCCAAUAGAUGGAAAAUUUGGAGAUCUUAAUGUUAAAUUUUUUGUUGAAAAUGGUGAUUAUGAUGGAAAUGAUAAAUAAACGGUGAGGGAUAAUUUAAAAGACAUGGAACAACUAUAAUAUUAUAUAGAUAAUAACUAAGUUUAUAUCCAAAAUUCUAGAUACGGAUAUGUUUUCUUAAUUUCUUUUGACUUAAGAGUUGAUUUUAAUCAAAUUAGAGAUGAAUCUUAAAAUCCAUAUUUAUCAUUAGAUGGUUUUGUGAAAAAAUAGGGACAAUAUUACUAUUACUUAAUUCCUUAGAAUGGCUAAUUUAUUUGUAUAUAUGCUACAUAAGAAGACUAAACUUACACCUUCUACGAUUUCAGCACUUUUACUGUUUUGUAAACUUCUGGUUAAAUAAAACAAACAAAUAAUAUAAUUUAGAAUUCUCUUGUAAUAUAAAAUAUAAUCAUGGUCUAUCAUGAUAGUGGUGAUUAAAAAAUAAUUUUCAGAUAUAAUAUUCAAACAUAAAAAGUAGAUAUUAUUUAAUCAGAUUGGAAGAACUCAUAAUAUAGGUUUUCAAAUUUAAAUUAUCCUUAUUAAGGAAAAUUAGUUAAUUAUGAUCUUGGAUUUAGUAGAAUAAAGAAGAUUAGUGAUGCAGAAAUAAUGUCUUUGUAAAUUAAAGAAGCUGGAGUUAUAAUCAUUUGGCAUAGAAAAUUUUUUUUAGCCACUUGCAGGGAUUAUUGUGAUGAUUGUUAGUAAGCAAUAAAUAGUCAGUAGUGUUUAUAAUGUUUAUUAAGCUAUUUUCUUUAGCCAGAUAAUAUUACAUGUGAAAAAUCAUGCCCUAGCUUAUCAAUAUAAAAUCAUGCUGAUUUGACUUGUGAUUGCGUUUAAAAUGCAGUCUUAAUAAAUAAUUAAUGUUAGUGCAAAAGUGAGUUUUAAAUGGUUGGAAAUGCAUGUACUUAAUGCUCUAUUCCUAAUUGUGAUUAGUGUAAAGAUUCUAUAGCAUGUAUGAAGUGUAAAUAAGGAUACUAUUUAUUUGAAGACUUCUCUUGCAACACUUGCAAUAUCUCAAACGGUUAUUACAUAAAUGGAUAAAAUUGUUUGAGUUGCUUCCAUUCCUGUUAAACAUGUGAAGGCCCUAAUCAAUAUUAAUGUCUAAGUUGUAAACUUCCAGAUUUUUAUAUGUUUUAAGAUAAGUAAUGCAAAGUAUGUGAUGUUAAUAAUGGCUAUUUUAUCAGUAAUUAAAAUUGUAUUUCUUGUUUUGAACAUUGCAAGACAUGUUUAGAUGCUAAUCAAAAUCAAUGUACAAGUUGUUAUGAAGGUUAUGACAAUAUCAAUAAUUUUUGCUAAUAGACAUUCUUAAAUUAUAAUUCUCAGGUUUUUACUGAAUAAAAGAUAUAAUAGAUUUAACAGUUAUCAUCAUCAACAUCAUCUGUAUUGGUUGUUAGCACUUCCGUUAUGAGCUUAAUUGAAAACAUUGGAUCUAACUCUAGCUAUCGAAUCUUAAUUUCUAGCUUAACAAUAUAAAAAUUAGCUUAUUUAUAUCUUUUGAAUGUAAACUUACCAAAGUAAAUUUACUCUGUUUUAGAAAUUUUGUCAGGUAAAUUAUAUUACUAAACAAUUUAUAAAUAUUUUUUUUAUUUAUUUUCAAUUCAAUAAAUAUAAAAAAUAUUGUAGGAAAAUUACCUUCUUAGUAGUUUAAAUUCUUAAACCUAUUUAGCUAACUAUUAGAUAACUAUUUGA